AUGGCUUCUCGGCCACCCUUGUCGACCUCAAGAAGAGAGAAUACGGCGAUGAAGGGAGCUCACGAUGCGGUGGAUCUGGAAGCCAAGCUUAACAAAGCCCUCGCCAGUCUAGCUGGGGAGAGGCGGAAGCGGGCCGAGCUCGAAUACGCCCAAGCCGAGAUCAAGGCGCAAAAGACCACGAUUAUGCGACUAUCCGCGGCUUCAGCCACAUCUUCUGCCAGCGCGACCAGCAGUAUCGAGGCCAAGCUGCAGGAUCUGGUCCAUAAGCACAACCAGUACAAGGCGAAGCAUCACGCAGAAGUGCAGGAACUUCAAUCAUCCAACACCACUCUACAAUCAUUCAUCUCGGCUCUCGAGACAGCCAAAGCUGCGGACAAGCAGACCAUUACCGACCUCCGCGGCGAACGCGCUAUCCUCAAGAAGGAGCUUGAGAUCAUCCGCUCCAAACCGGUGGGUCCACCGCCAGCCGACAAGGCAGGCGAGAUGGAUCGCUUCAAGGCUGAGCGGCGGGCGUGGAGGGAGGAGAAGCUUGCUUUGGAGGCCAGGGUGAAGCAUCUGAAACACGGUCAUGAAGACAUGGAAACGCUGAGGAUCAGGGUGGAAGAGCUGGAGGCGGACGUGGCAAGGCGGGAGGUAGCUCUGCGGGACGCUGCACAGGCGUGCGCUGGGGUGCUAGAGGGGAAGGUGGAGCGUCGGCUGUGUGAGCAGGCGAGGGACGAACUGGCGAUCGAGCGGUCGCUUCGAGUCGGGACCCAGCUGGCAUGGCGGGCGAGUCGAAGAAGGUGCCGCUUGCUCGAGGAAGAGAACGGCCAGCUGAGAACGAGGGUGACCGAGAUGGAAAGCGAGCAGGAUGUCCUGCAUCGCGAUUUCGCUACUCUCCUUGCAGAGCGGAAAGCCGACCGCGAGCUCCGCACAACAUACGUCGGGCCGCCAUACGCCAGCCAAGCGCCCCUCCCCUCCGAUACCGCCGACACCCUCCAGCUCCUUGACCUGGCUAGUAUCCACAUCGCAAUCAUCACUUCCCACCACCAGAACACCUCCGACUAUCACCUCACGUCCAUCUCAUCACUAUCUCACGACCUCAGCCGGGCCCUAUACUCCCUCUCGGCAGCUCGUACCGCCCUAGCAGACCUUCAGGCUAGGACAUCAACGGCGUCGGCCGAUCUGGAAGAAGCACGCCUCGUGCAUGCCAAUUGUGCGGACCAGGUCUUCGAGUGGCGUACAGAAGCCAGUAGGGCGAGUGCGCAGGAGUGUCGGUUAGAGAGCGAGUUAUGUGAUAUGCGUGUCAAGCUGGAAAAGCUGGAGAUGCGGACGUCGGAGGAGAGGGAGAUGCUGAGACGGGCAAACGAGGGGACGGCGAGGUGGGGGGCGGCAAAGGUCGCGCUCGAAGACGAGGCGCAGAUGCUGCGACAAGCUCUGGAAGAUGCGGAAGACGUACAGGAGCGAUACGACGCCCUCGUAGAAGAAGCGGAUAUACUCCGAUCGCGCGAAGCUAUGGCGCUGGAAGAUGCAGAUCGGCUAGGAAUGCAGAACGCGGAGUUGAUCGGGCAUGGGAAUGGUGGCCAAAAGAUCUCUUACGUCGAGGGUCUGCGGAGGGAGAUGGCUAUGGUCAAGCACGAACUCGCCACUGCUCGUCAUCACCUUAACGCAUCUACCGCCCAGAUAUCCGCCUUGACCGCCGAGAUUGACUCGUACAAGUCUAUAGCGCCGUCUUUGCUCGCUUCGAUGGGAGUGGGGAGGUUGCGGGUGGUGAGGCGGCAACCUGAGGGAGGAGAGGUACUGGGUGCGAGUCUGGCGAGGAGGAGCGUCUCGACCUCUGGGCCGACUGCGGGACGGUGCUGCCGCGCACUAUCUCCCCGACCUCAAUCCACCUUCUGCCUCGUCUCCCCUGGCGCCAGCUCGCCCCGUUGUACCGGCGCGGCUGCUCUCCGGCUGAAGCGCCAGAUCUUCCUGACGAGAUACGCCCAUCCUAGCCAGAUAGCCACAGCGGUAAUUAUCUCGACCGGGAUUUGGUGUUCCGCAUGCCCAACCGGCAGAGUAAGCGUCAUGGGCGCUCCGCUAGGGUCGAACUGGAUGACCGGAGGUUGA